GUCAAGCUGCCACAUACUUGUUUUUGCAUGCUCUUUCCUAAUACUAUUCAGCCACGCAUUUCUGUCACUAUACCUUCCUCCUUCCCUCUUUUUCUCUCUCCUCCCAAUUUUUUUUAAAAGUAAAUAAUCACUCACUCUUUCAUUCAUUAUCUCUUUAUAAAACCUCCCUUCUUCCUUUCCUCCCUCUUCAUUCACCACUCCAUUACAUUACAUUUACAUACCCUCUUUAAGUUAUAUUAGCCCCUUUGUUGUCAUAAUUAUUGUUUCUUACUCAAUUAUUUCAUACAAUUGAAGAUAUAAUUUUGUGAUGGGGAGUGUUUGUGCUGAGCACCACCACCACCAUUACAAAUUCCACCCUUUGAUUUCGCCUAAGAAAGCCCUACAAGACCUUAAUAUUCCUCCCAGGAAGCUGCUCUCUCGCCGCAGCGACGCGUCGUCUUCGGAUUAUUUCUCGCCUUCGUCUGAGGCGGCUGCUGCUAUGCUGCAUAAGUUUCUUCCUUAUAAUAAUAAUGGUGGGGGUGGUGGUUCAUCUUCUUCUAAUGGAGAUGGUUGCGAUGGUGGUGGUGGAGGUGGUGGGUUUGACCCGGAUGAUGACCCGUACUCGUCUGACGAGUUUCGGAUGUAUGAGUUUAAGGUGAGGAAGUGUACUCGUAGUCGGUCCCAUGAUUGGACCGACUGUCCCUUCUCCCAUCCUGGGGAGAAGGCUCGUCGUCGUGACCCGAGGCGGUUUCAUUACUCGGGGACUGUUUGCCCCGAGUACCGCCGCUCGGGGAGUUGCUCACGAGGCGACGAGUGUGAUUUUGCUCACGGGGUGUUCGAGUGUUGGUUGCACCCCGCGAGGUACCGCACUGAGGCGUGUAAGGAUGGGAAGAGUUGUAAGCGUAAGGUGUGUUUCUUCGCUCACUCGCCUCGUGAGCUUAGGGUCCUUCCCGCCGAGGAGGAUGGCGACGAGAAGGAUAGUUGCACUCAGCGAGGAAAGCAAGAUCAACAGCAUCAUCAUCAUCAACAACAUUGUUGUAGGUAUUGUUGUGCACUUUCUCCUACUUCUACUUUAUUAGGGUUGUCCAACUUCUCCCCACCAAUGUCACCCAUGAAAGCGGUCGGGGCACGACCGCUUUCUCGGUACUCGGACCGAGUGUCUGCAUGUGGUAGUAAGGGUCUUAGUUAUGAGGAUAUGGUGAUUGCUGAGCUUUUGGGGUCAUUGGAAGGAAUUAGCCUCAAUGAGGCCAUGAGCCCCAACAAGGCUAGUCAUGCUCAAGGUCAUGGUCGCGGUCUAUGGGUUGAUGUAGGUGGUUACGAGUCAGGGUCCGGUAUUGUCCCCGGGGACGAAUACCAACAACAACAAGAAUAUCAACAACAACAACAACAACAAAUGCAAUUCUCCGUGUCACCUUCAACACCAAUAAGGAACCAUUUUUUCAAUGCCAACAACGAAUCCGUUGUCGGCGGUGUCAUUGAUGAAAGUCCGGAUAUCGGGUGGGUAAAUGAUCUUCUAAUGUAGAUGUUUCUCUAUAUAUAUAUAUAUAUGGAUCGAUGAUGAAUGAAGACGAUAUCAAGUGAUAAUAAUAAAAAUAAGUCUAUGUAAAUAACUUAGACGGAUUAUGGAUGUUCUUUUGGUAUUAUGAUGAUGUGCCUUCUAGUAGGGAAGUUGUGUAUUGGAGACUAGGAGGGAAUUUUCUAUGUAAUAUUUUUUUUGCUUGAUCUUUAGAUUUUAAUUAAUCCUUCGGAUUUGUAUUUUGAUUUUUCCCACGAAUUUCUAUAUUAUGAAUACUAUUAUUAUUAUUAGGACUACUUUUCCAAUGUAUAUGUAACAAUAAUGGGUGGAUUUGUAACUUCAAAAUUUCAAGGCUGCUUUAUUUUGUUGGCGAUGUAAUGUUUGUAAUGUGUUUUGCAUGGUGAUGUCUACGAAGUAUGAAAGUAUGGUUCAUAUUUUGUAAUUUCAUGGCUGUUACAAUAAUGUACUGUA